AUGACAUCUCUAGCUGAAUGUACAGAGGUGGAGCAGCAGCUUCAGAUCAGCAAAGACCUCUUUUCGUACGGGGAAAAGGCCCUGGCCCUGGCCCUGCAGAAUCGACCAAAGAAUACCAAUAAGCAGUAUCUCCCCAAGCAGAGAGAAUGGCGGGACUUCUGCAAGGAGACUGGAUUUGAAGAUGGGGAGAUGGUGACAGAGAGAAAGCUGGUCUGGUUUCUGGAGGAGAAGGUGCUUUGUCGUCCACUGCAGGGCUCUGUUUAUAAGAGCAAGAGAGCUCGUACGGACAGGGAUGGCAACACUGUGCUGCAGACUGUGGGUAAGAGCACAGUCAAGCUAUAUGUGGCAGCCGUGGUGGAUCUGUACAGAUUUCAGAAGAGCAGAGGAAUCAACUCCUCUGAUCAUCCACGUGGACAGCUGGUCAGUGCAGUUCUUCGUACGCAUGAAACCAAGGAGUCUGUACGAAAGCGGGCACAGUAUGUGGAUCGGGGGGCCAAUACUCUGCAGGAUGGAUACAAUGAGAAGCUGAUGAUUCAUCUGAUGAAGUUCUGCUGGACUGGCUGGUAUAAAAAUGAUCAAACAUCUGUGAUAAGCCAUCUUCGUACAGGGCUGAACUUCCUCAUGAAUCACAACAUGCUUCUGCGGGGGGAGACAUCCCGUACGGCACAGCUGCCUGACCUUUUCACCCUUCAGCUUUCAAAUGAGGGGCCCACUCCAUGCUGGCCUAUGAUUCUCAUCACAGAUAAUGGCAAGACCAACCAGCUGGGGCGGCUGGAGUAUGCUGCUGUGAUGAGACAUAAGAAUCCUCUACUCUGUACAAUAUCUCAUCUGGCAUUCUAUCUGUUCUACCGCUGGAAUAUUGUACGGGAAAGUCUUCCAGACUUUCGAAGACGCUCUCUCUGUUCGUACGAGCAAUGGCAGGGUUUGAACCACAGACUCAGGGCAACUACUUUCUUCCUCGAGCCACCAUCCCCCCCCCGAAAGCAGCUGGAGGCUGCCAUCUGGCCAUGGGUGGAUGUCUGGCUAGAUAGAUUUGAUUCGUACGAGAGAUUGAGCCAGAAACAGAGACAGACACAGAGGAGGGAAAGAGAAGCAGCAGAAAUGGAAGAAGUGAAGGAGACAGAGCAAGAAUUGCCAGAGGAUGAACAAGACUUAGCAGCUCAGGGAUUUCUGCGGCUGCUGAAGCAGCUUCGUACAGUGAUUCUUCAGGACUCUGUGCUUCUGCAGAGGCAGUUCCCUGACCACCCUCUAUGGUCAGAUGCUCUCUUCGUACGAGAGGAUUAUCAGAAGUAUACUCUUCAGAUUGUUCAGGCUCUUGAGACAGCUGUGGAGCCUCAGGAGAUUCAGAUUCAGCGAGUAGUACCUGUCAUUGCUGAUCAGCUGAAAAAUGUGCGACAGGAGAUGAUUCAGUCCAUUGAUAAGUGGGGUUAUGAGAAUCAACAGCUGCAGCAAAAGAUGGCUCAGCAGCUUGCUGAUCUAGUUGAUGGUCAAAUCACCUUCUCCAUACGGGCAGUUCCUCAGAGCUCUGCUGCUCAGAAUUCAGUGAUGAAUCUGGCUGCCAUUCCCUCUGCUUCCUCUCUGCCCUCCUCUUCUUCUACUCUUUCCAGAGACAUCGUACAGAGGUCAGUGGAGUCAGAGAUGGAGAUGAGACAAUCAUCAUCUAACAAUGCUGAAUCUGUGGAUCUGACAGCCACACUUCUCACCUCUUCCCGGACAGGAAAUGGCUAUUCUCUUUCCCGUACGAUACAGUCAGUGCCUGAUCUGUGGCGGGAGUGGACCACUGGUCUGAGGGGUGGUCCAUCAGUGCAGAGCCUGGAGGAUCAGGGAGGCAGCUGGCGCAAGGGCUCCUCCAAGGAGCAGAUGAUGUUCUGCCGGCGAAAGAUCAUCAUCAAUGAGAUUCGUACGCGUGUGUCCUCUGGUAUGGCUAUUGAUGAUGACGACAAAAGCAGUGAAUUGCAUCUGCUUCUUUGCACCCACUCAUCUCUCUAUAAUAAUAUCCUCUUCUCCUCUCUCUCCUCUUCUUCUUUUCUUCUUUCAACACACCAUCAUAUCAACCAUUCCACAAUCCAGGGCAGUCCUGGCUCUCCCAGGGCAAGAUGUACCCUUUGUACGAGGCAGCAUGACAGAGCUGCAGGUUCGAAGCCACCGGCCAUCGUACAUCAAUGCCAUUCUCAUUCAAUCUCGCGGCCGGACGGAGCCACAUGCAUGCCUUGCCUGCCGGAGUGCUCAUCCAGGUCUUCGGCAGAAUGCCGUCGCCUGCCUGGCCACUUUGGUGGAGCUUGUGGCAACUGCAAAUGGCGUGAUCAUGCCAUUCGCUGCUCCGAACGAGAUGGGGAAGGGGUGGAGGUGAUAGAGAUUGUGGAUGAUGAUGAUGAUGAGGAGGAUGGCCCUCAACGGCGGAUGAGGGGUCCCUCUGGACAGCAGCUGCUCACAGCUGGUUCAACACCUGCUGCUCCUAUAAUCCUUGAUUAG